AUGAUUCCAGAGGAUCCUAUUCAGUGUCAGGAGAUCUCCUCAACGACACCAGAGGUUUACGAAGGUCCCCAGCACGGUGAUUAUUUGGAUCAGCUUCGAAGCCUCGUGCAAAAAGUCUGCAGUGCUGCCAGAAAGAAGAAUGUCACAUUCCACAGCAUUGGCGAUGAAAAUUACCGUAUUGUUAUCGACGAAGAACCUAUUGAGCUGAUAUGUGAUGAAGAGAAAAAUGACACUUUAUUGAAAUUCAGUUGGAGAGAUUUUCUGAUGGAUGACACGGAUGUGAUUAUUUCUGCCACCUGUGUUCUUUUCUACGUUGUUAGAGAGUUUGGCAACGAUCUGGACAUCUUUGAUGUUAAUGCGAUCGGCAUGGAGGAAUUCUUUCUGGCCGGAAGGUUCUAUGUCGAACAGCUGAACCUUUCUCUAUGUCUUUCUAACGGUAAUGCCGACGAGGUCAUGGAAUUCUGGGGUCCGAAGAUUGAACACGCAAGGAUACUUCGAUUGGGAACAGUGGUAGAUCAGGAGGCACAUGAGACUUGUGAGAGGAUUUAUGAGAAAUGGUUUCAAUUCAAAGGAUGCUUUGGUUUCUAUGCGGAUAAUAUCAAUGUUUCGUUGGCCAACCGUUUUCGACGCCGGAUGAAAAUUGCGGUAUUUUCUAGCGACACCAUACCUGUGGAAGUUGUGGUUAAGUGGAUUAAGGGUUGGAUCAUGAGUGUCCCCGGCUACAAUCACUUGGCUUUGGUGGAUUUCUCCAUUCCGGGGUUCAGAAUCCUUAGUGGAGUACUCUGGCAGUUCGGUAUCGAUCCGAGUAGGAUUCCUCCAAACGCCGUCAUUCAAACACGCAAUCGAAGAGGCGAAAUUUCGUAUAUCUCGGCACCUGGAAAACUGUAUUUUGGAAUUAAGAACGUGUAUCCGGAGGAGCCGUUAUACGAGAUUGACUUGGUUUUUCCACUGGAUGACCUCGUCGAGGAUGUGGAUACCGAUGAUGAGGAGUUGGAGGACGAGGAGGACGAGGAAAUGGAGGACGAUGAUGAGGAGGUGGAGGACGAGGAGGACGAAGAAGAAGAAGAAGUGGAUACUCAUGAUGAGGAAAAUCAGCAAGAAAACCAUCAAAUUGCAUAA